UGCAAGCUUCACGUUGCUAAAAUGCGCUGUCGCGUCCUUUGACACGGUUUAACCGAAACUUGAGAGACGGUUUUCAGCACAUUUUUCACUCAUUUUUUUUCACUCUUCGAAAUAUGAUUUCAGUGAGCCGGGAAUUAAUUUGUUACGCGAAUCAAUUAUAAUUUGUGUUAAUUAGUUGACGGAGUUAUUAUUUAGAGGGGACUUUAAUUUGAAAGAAAUAAAGUGAGAAUAUAUACAGACGUGAGCAUCCCAAUCGUGAGAAUAUAUUUGCUUUAUUGAUAUUUUGAGAAGUGCCACGGGCCUGGCGCGGUGUCUAUGCAUAUCUCCAGAGUUUGGACGGUAUUCUAGACGAUCGUCGAGAUAGUAGGAAAAACUCUUUAAAUCAGUGUCGAUUUAACAGCUGACACCAUGACUGAAAUUGUUUACCCUCAGGGGUGCAGGCCCGUCACUGAAGAUUUAGGUCCUGAUGAAUUAAUUCGACGACUCAAGACUUUGGCGCACACAUUGCAAGCAAUGGGCCAGGAUGAAGGAAUGUAUCAACAAUACAUCCCAUUGGCACUUCAUUUGGCAGAGGAACAUUUCCUGAUGCAUCCAAGUAAAGAUGUUCAACUUUUAAUUGCCUGCUGCAUUGCUGAUGUUCUCCGAGUUUACGCGCCCGAAGCUCCAUACAAAGAUGCUGAUCAGGUGAAGACAAUAUUUCUGUUCCUCAUCAAGCAGCUGGCUGGCUUGAAGGAUCCAAAGGAUCCGGCAUUUAAACGAUAUUUUUAUCUUCUGGAAAAUUUGGCCUACGUCAAGUCCUUCAAUAUGUGCUUCGAACUUGAGGAUUGUCAGGAAAUAUUUUGCGCCUUAUUUUCCCUCAUGUUCAAAAUCGUCAAUGACGAGCACUCGGGAAAGGUGAAAAGUUUCAUGUUGGACGUUCUGUGUCCACUGAUCACAGAAUCCGAUAUUGUCAGCAAUGAAUUGCUCGAUAUUAUUUUAUUGAAUAUCGUCGAGCCGAAUAAGACCCAGAGGAAGAAUGCUUAUCUCCUCGCUAAGGAACUUGUCGUCAAAUGCAGCGAUACUCUCGAACCUUAUAUUCAAGCGUUCUUCAAUCACGUUCUAAUUCUGGGCAAAGAAGAGAAGAAUCUACAGAUUGCAAAGAAGGUUUACGAUUUAAUUUACGAAUUAAAUCACAUAUGUCCGAGUGUAUUGCUCUCGGUUUUGCCGCAAUUGGAGUGUAAAUUGAAAUCGGCAUCGGAAAAUGAGAGAUUGGGCGCCGUUGCACUGUUGGCGCGAAUGUUCUCGGAGAAGGGCUCACAAUUGGCCAUUCAGCAUGCCCAAUUGUGGCGCGCAUUUCUCGGCAGAUUCAAUGAUAUUAGCGUGUCGAUUCGCAUAAAGUGCGUUCAAUAUUCAAUGCAUUUUCUCUUGAAUCAUCCUGAGCUAAGGAAAGACAUCACCAAUACAUUGAAAUUGCGACAGCACGACGCUGAUGAGAAUGUGCGCUACGAAGUUGUCAUGGCAAUUGUCACCACUGCCAAGCGUGACUUUGAGGUCGUUUCCGACAGUGAGGAUUUACUUGAAUUCGUCAAGGAGCGCACUCUCGAUAAGAAGUUCAAAAUAAGAAAAGAGGCGAUGUCGGGCCUGGCGAAUAUCUACAAGAAACACUUGGACGACGCCGACGUGCCACAGGCGACGAAAAAGGCGGUCACAUGGAUCAAGGACAAAAUUCUGCACGGCUACUAUAUGCCGGGAAUGGAGGAUCGAUUGCUGGUCGAAAGGUUACUGAACAUUUGCUUAGUGCCUUACACACUUCCGCCUGAGGAGAGAAUGAAGAAACUUUAUCAUCUGCUUGGAACAAUUGACGAUCACGCUUCCAAGGCUUUCGUCGAACUUCAGAAACAUCAAUUGGCUGUGAGAAGAUCAGUGGUCGAGUGGAUUGAAAUAAUAAAGAAGCCGGACGCAUCAACGGAGUUGACAAAUAAAAUUCUGCAGAUUUCCCGCUUUCUGCCGGAUCCAAUGAAGGUGCAGGAGUUUUUGCAAAAAUUUAGCGCACACAUGAAGAAGGACGGGCACUUAUUGCAGGGACUCGAGACAAUUGUUCAGCCGAAUGUCUCGUGUAAGGAGUGCGCCGAGACAACGAGCGCUGUCCUCAAGAAAUUGGGACAGCCGGUCAUGACAAAUUUGUAUUAUAAUACAAUUAAAAUGCUUCUCGAGAGGGUCAGUUCGGUGAUGAUCGACGAGGAAGCAAUUAGGGUUUUAAUUCAAUACGUCCUGGAUUGUUUAAAAGGCGGAAAUGUAAUUGAGGACAUUGGACUGAAUCCAAACAAUGCUGGAGAGAAAGGCCUCAGAUUAUUAGUGAUGCUGUCAUUCGCUUUUGGCCCACAUUUUAUGCACAAUGAUAUUUUAAUGCAAUUGGUGCAAUUUUUGGAUCUUGAGGACGAAAUGGUCGCGCCACUUGUACUUUCAAUUUUCACAUUCCUCGGUAAAUAUCGACCAUUGUGCGAUGUUGCGCCCGAAAUAAUGAAUCUAAUGGCGCCAAUUUGCAAGAAUUUCUCCGAAACUGGAACGCCAAAACAAGCGAAGCAAGCGAUUCGUUGUCUAUUUGUGAACAUGCCAAAUAUUCACGACACAAUAUUCCCCGAAAUUAUUGAGAGAAUUAAAAAUACAUUAACACCAAAUUCAGAAUUUUAUCGCACAUCGAUAGUCACACUCGGUCAUAUCGCUUACAAUUUGCCGGAGAAAUAUCAAGCUCAAAUUAAGAGUUUAGUCUCAAGAAAGAUCGUGAAGGAGUUGUUGGUGAAGGACGUGAACGAGCCGACAACGGACUCGAUAGACGGCGACUGGUGUCGGGAGGAACAAUUGCCAGAGGAGACACGCUGCCGAUUAGAGGGACUGAAAUGCAUGGCGCGCUGGCUCUUGGGACUGAAGACGGACGUUCUGUCGGCGCAAAAGACUUUUAGAAUGCUGAAUGCAUUUAUCGUGAAUAAAGGCGAUCUUCUGCAGCAGGGACGAUUGAGCAAAGCCGAAAUGAGUUGGCUGCGUCUUCAGGCUGGCUGUUCAAUGUUGAAAAUUUGCGAACAAAAAGGCGUCGGCGAUCAAUUCACCGCUGAACAAUUUUAUAAUCUCUCUCAACUCAUGGUGGACGACGUCCCGCAAGUGAGAGAAGCUUUUGGUAACAAAUUGCACAAGGGUCUGGGAAGAGGAAUUCCGAAUAAAUGUUUGCCUCUCGAUUUCAUGGGAUAUUACGCUCUCGCCGGUAAAGAACAAGACAAACGAUUGAAGUGCGUCUUAAAAUCCUACAUGCACACCGACAUUACAAAACGAAGAGAUUACGUGAAAACUCUUUCACUGGGAACUGUCGAGCGAGCGAUGGGUCAACUGCCACAUAUUUUGCCGGAUUACAUGCUAGUGUUCGCAGUGCCGGUACUAGCUCACGAUCCGGAAUUCACGAAUCACACGGAUGUUCAACAAUUAAAAACCAUUCAGUCAUGUCUUUGGUUUAUUCUCGAGCCACUCAUCACACGCAAUGAAUAUUAUUGUUACGGAUUUUACAAGAAUCUCGUCGAGAGAAUGAAGAGUCACAAGGACGCAAUGAGACCCGACGACGAUAUCGUCAAUAUUAAAUUGUGGGCGGUCUGCGACUUGGCGAUGAACGUGAUAUUCUCAAAGACGACGAACUUCGAUUUAAAGGAAUUCCCGAGCGAAUUGAGAAUUCCAACGAUGUACUUUAAACGGGCCGAUGAACUUUUGGCAAACUCGAAAAAUUAUUUGCCAGCUGAAAUGCAAAUCAAUAUGUCCAGUCCAAAGGGUAAAUUAAAUACACACUCGUUUAAUGAACGACCACAGCGUAGAAAGAAGGGACAAAAGGAAGUUGGCAUUGGACCAAAUGAAACUGACGCAAGGCCGGCUGAAGCCUCAGAAACUAGAAUUCAACUGCCAGGUUUAGAGGAAGAGAUCGAAGAACCACCUUCGAAAAGGGCAUUAAGGGACACUGACAAGAUAAACAAAUAAUAAUAAUAAUAAUCGAUUGACUGCACCUUAAAAGAGGGAAAGGUAAUUAUUGAAUUGAGACGACGAAAGAAAAGAAAAUAAAAACGUUGUCAAUCAUUAAAAGCAGUAAACUAAAUAAAAACAAUAAAUAAAAAUACACACUCAGACACUCACGAAAACACUCACAGUUUUACAAAUGUGGAAA